AAGUGGCAGCUGGGUUAUGAGACGCAACUCUCCCGGCUUAUUCCCUCCAUCCAGUUCCCGGGAAAAGUUACCGUUAACAACAAGGCAACCACCUCACAUUCUGUCCUUGAUCAACUCAUCCCACGAGAUAACGAUGUUGACAAGAAAUGAUACCACCUCGAUUUCUUUCUUCCACUCCACUUUUAAGAACGUUCCGAUUGUUCUCAUCUUCGCAUCAGUUAUCCAUUUUUCUUGCUAACUCCGCCUUUAAUCCUUCUAUAUAUACACCAAACGUCAAAGAAGCCGGCACUCUCAUCACUCCUCGAAAAUUGAAGAACAGAUUUCCAUUCAUGGGCCUCUUCAGAUCUGCAGGGAAGGUCUACAAACCAGCCACAGAUGUCAAUCUUGGCCCUGACAGCAAGGAAUCCUAUCUGCAUGCCAAUGUGAAAGCUCCUCGGGUGGCUGGGCUUCUUGUGAAGAUUUUUGUGUGGAUUUUGGAGUCGAGGAUUAUCGGACCGCUUGUGGUGUAUAUACUGAAGAAGGAUAAUCUCAUCCACAAGCUUGUCUCAUUUGCCGUGAUCCGGGAGCCACCUCUGUUCACGAACACCCACAAUUGGGAAGACAUAGCAGAGCACAAUGUUGUUCUCGUAAAGCAUGAAUUAUCUCCUGCUGAACGAGUUCAAGAAGUCCUCGAUUGCCUUCCUCCUAACCUGGAAUCUAUCCUGACCGAUCCUGCUUCAAGCUUCCAGCGUUGGACCGUCCGGGACUUCUCAAGCGCCUAUAAAUCAGGAGAAACAACUCCUCUUGCGGUAGCAAAGCGAUUUUUAGCUGCUGUGAAGGAGUCCACAGAUCUCCAAAUGGCUUUCUUCAUCAAUUACAAUGCUCAAGAUAUUCUAAGGCAGGCUGAAGAGUCAACACUUCGAUAUAAGAGGGGGUCCCCAGUUUCAGCUAUGGAUGGAAUACUAGUUGCCAUCAAAGAUGAGAUUGAUUGCUUGCCCUAUCCUACUACUGGAGGAACAAAGUGGUUGCACAAGGUGAGACCUUGUACUAAUGAUGCAAGAUGUGUGAAACAAUUGAGAUCAUGUGGUGCUAUAUUUGUUGGCAAGACUAACAUGCAUGAGCUCGGUGCCGGGACCAGCGGUAUCAAUCCUCACUACGGGUCUACUAGAAAUCCCUACAACAUCAACAGGGUUUCUGGAGGCUCCUCAAGUGGAUCAGCUGCAGCAGUGUGUGCUGGAUUAUGCCCUGUUGCACUUGGUGUUGAUGGGGGAGGAUCGGUGCGGAUGCCUGCUGCUCUCUGUGGCGUAGUUGGUUUCAAGCCAACCUCUGGGCGCUUGUCUAAUUCUGGUGUUCUUCCACUGAAUUGGACGGUUGGAAUGCCAGGCAUAUUAGCAGCAACUGUUGAAGAUGCACUAAUAGUUUAUGCAGCUAUUUCUGGUAACCUCCCAGAUCAACAAGCAUCUUUGCAGCCUGAAUUGAAUUUUCCUCUGCUGACAUCCACACAAUCAAUCACAAACAUCAAAUUAGCCAAAUAUGGGGAGUGGUUUAAUGACUGCACAAGUGAAAUUAGAAAUUGCUGCGACAAGGCUUUGCAAAUGUUGUACAAGCAUUAUGGGUGGAAGACUGUGGCUGUGACUGUACCUGAGAUAGAAGAGAUGCGUUUGGCUCAUUAUAUAACAAUUGGAUCUGAAUGUACUGCUUCAUUGGCUCCACAUCUCGAAAUACUGAAUUUUGCGGAGAUAGGGUGGGAUGCAAGAGUAGCUCUUCGUGUCUACGGUUCAUUCAGCAGCAAGGAUUAUUUGAAUGCUCAGCGACUAAGGAACCGUCAGAUGUACUUCCAUAAGAAGAUUUUUGAAAGGGCAGACGUCAUCGUCACACCUACAACUGGUGUCACUGCAUACCCAUUGCUAAGUGAUGCUUUGACUAGUGGAGAACUUGAUUACAUAAAUGGAGCGGCACUUGUGAGGUUCUCAAUAGCAGGAAAUUUUCUUGGAUUGCCUACAAUAACUGUUAUGGUUGGGUAUGACAAGGGAGGCUUGCCUAUUGGCCUUCAGUUUAUUGGGAGACCAUGGUCAGAAGCAACCUUACUCCAUUUAGCAUUUGCCAUGGAGGCUCUAUGCAUUGGUAGUUACAAAAAGCCACAGGUGUUCUAUGACCUUCUGAAGAAGGAAUAGACAAAGCCGAUUACAUUAUAUUUCCAGAAAAUGUUGGCCUAGAGCAAGGCAGAAAGUUAGUUGAGGCAUCAUUAAACAAAAGGAGUGGCAUUUUGAUCUGGGUAGUUAUCAUGCAAAGAGGGCAGCGCCUUCAACACCAUAUUAUAGGAUGUUAAUGAUUCCAGUAAUGUAAAGUUGUGAUUGGCCAUCUAUGUGAACAUUAGUAAGCUUUGUUCCUUUUAAUGUUUCCCAAUUAUAUAUUAUGCAAUGUCUUACUGAUUUUUUUUCUGAA